CUCUAGUAUUUGCAGUGAAACAGCUGAUCUUCAGGCUGCUGAGCGUCAUGUCGCCUGUGUGUGGGCGUCUCCGACUGUGCUGAGCGCAUCCAGCGCUUUUCUAUUUUCGCCUCUCACCUCCCUCGGGAACACCGUGCAGAUUGAAGACGCCUGGAAGUGUGUGUUGACGUGCUUGUGACGUGUAGAAAGACACAUUUGCAAUGAAGCUCAUGCUGGAGGAGCGAGCGUUUUUGUAGCCUUACUUAUCUGUUCGCGUAGCAACAAACAGCCACGUUUGAAAAUUCCAAUUGGACUUUUUUUUUUGUUUUUAUAUAUUGGCUCCAGACACUGUGAGAUCCGUCGCAAAAUGGAAGGAGGACAUUGGCAGCACCUGUGCAUUGCUUCAGUCGCACUGUUGUGCUUGUUGUGUCGGGGGCUGGAGGCUGCGCUGGAUAAACACUUUGUCAAUGAAUGGGCAGCAGAGAUCCCCGGGGGGCCAGAGGAAGCCCAGUUACUUGCAGAGGAGUUGGGUUAUGAUUACAUGGGACAGAUUGGAUCGUUAGAAAAUCACUACCUGUUCAGACACAGAGCUCAUCCAAGAAGAUCCCGCAGAAGUGCCCCUCACAUUACUAAGAGACUAGCUGAUGAUGGACGGGUGUCGUGGGCUGAACAGCAGUACAACAAGGAGAGAAAUAAGCGGUCGGCCAUUAAAGAAGACACCAAAAACUUGUUUAAAGAUCCCCUGUGGAAUCGACAAUGGUACUUGCAAGACACAAGAUCGAAUCCUUCAUUGCCUAAGUUGGAUUUACAUCUCCUGCCUGUAUGGAAGAGAGGAAUAACAGGCAAAGGUGUUGUUAUCACUGUGCUGGAUGAUGGCUUGGAAUGGAACCACACUGAUAUCUAUGCCAAUUACGAUCCAGAAGCAAGUUACGAUUUCAAUGACAACGACAAUGACCCCUUCCCCAGAUAUGAUAUAACAAAUGAAAAUAGACAUGGAACAAGAUGCGUCGGGGAAAUUGCGAUGAUUGCCAACAACAAUAAAUGUGGCGUUGGAGUUGCAUAUAAUGCAAAGGUUGGGGGCAUACGGAUGCUGGAUGGUAUUGUGACAGAUGCCAAAGAAGCAAGUUCCAUUGGCUUCAAUCCACAACAUGUGCAUAUAUACAGUGCCAGCUGGGGACCUAAUGAUGAUGGCAAAACUGUAGAAGGACCUGGCAGACUGGCGCAGAAAGCUUUUGAGUAUGGCAUCAAACAGGGGCGAAAUGGAAAAGGUUCCAUCUUUGUUUGGGCAUCUGGAAAUGGCGGCCGUCAGGGUGAUAACUGUGACUGUGAUGGAUACACAGACAGCAUUUACACCAUCUCUAUCAGCAGUGCUUCCCAGCAAGGUCUGUCUCCCUGGUAUGCGGAGAAAUGCUCUUCCACCCUGGCUACAGCAUAUAGCAGUGGGGACUACACUGAUCAGAGAAUUAUAAGUGCUGACUUACACAAUGAGUGCACGGAGACGCACACUGGAACCUCGGCGUCAGCACCAUUGGCUGCUGGGAUCUUUGCUCUUGCACUGGAAUUUAACCCUGACCUUACCUGGAGGGACAUGCAGCACCUGGUGGUUUGGACAUCAGAGUACGACCCAUUGUCUAACAAUCCUGGUUGGAAGAAAAAUGGUGCUGGAUUAAUGGUUAACAGCAGGUUUGGAUUUGGGCUGCUCAAUGCUAAGGCACUUGUGGAUUUAGCUGAUCCUAAAACAUGGAAAGGAGUUGCUGAAAAGAAAGAGUGUAUAGUUGAAGAUAAUGAAUUUUCACCAAGGUUUCUAAGAUCUGAUGGGGAAGUAACCAUACAAAUUCCAACAAAAGCCUGCGAAGGCCAAGAUAAUCAUAUCAAAUCUCUGGAGCACUUGCAGCUGGAAGCCACCAUUGAAUACACCCGGAGAGGGGACCUUCACAUUACACUCACCUCUCCAUUAGGGACUAAUACAGUUCUUCUGACGGAAAGAGAGAGAGAUAAAUCUCCAAAUGGUUUCAAGAGCUGGGACUUUAUGUCUGUUCAUACAUGGGGAGAAGAUCCAGCAGGAACCUGGACAGUGAAAAUAUCUGAUGUGUCUGGAAGAAAGAAUAAUGAAGGAAGAAUCGUCAGCUGGAAAUUAAUUCUUCGUGGUACAUCUACCCAACCAGAGCAUAUGAAAUAUCCAAGAGUUUAUACUUCCUACAAUGUUGUUCAAAAUGAUCGAAGGGGUGUUGAGAAGAUGGGUGACACUGAAAAGGAACCAAUCAAUGAAAGUGUUACAACUGACCGGUCAGAAGUCACUGAAAACACUCCAGACAGCCAAGAAUUGGAUGAAAGGGCAAAGUCGCUAGCAAUAGCCCAUCUUUUGAAAAAUGCCUUCGACAGAGGAGAAGCUUCAUUUCCGCUGGAAGAAAAAGAUAUACCUAAACAUAGUUAUCUGUAUGCUUUGGCCACCAUUAAGCAGGCAGAAGGAAGGGAAAAAGAGAACAAUCUGUACAAUGAAUACAUUGACAGGUUCUACCAUACCAGACCUUACAAACACAGAGAUGAUAGACUAUUGCAAGCUUUGUUAAACAUUUUAAAGAAGAAACCCUAAAAUGUUCUAGUGCCAGGAAACACGUAUGCCUCUCAACCUCCAUCCAUUGCAUUUUGCCUUUGUGCUCCUAUAAAAUUCCAGAAAUAUAAACAGUUAAAAUUAGCGAUUUGGUGCCUAAUGGGGAUAAAAAAAACUUCAAUGCUUAAGAUAAAUAGCAGGUCCAUUUAUGUUAACUGACUGAGGCUGCAUUAAGCUGCCCAUGAGAGUCUUUCAAAAGAGCUGUUCUGGGGUCACAAACUGCUGGCUGAAAAACUCUAUCAUAUGACAUGGCUCAGGACAAGCAGACUUUUAGCUUUUAUUUGCUUUAACAGAAUGGUCAUAUUUCCAUGCACAGAAGAGUGUAGUUAGUGUAUUAGGGUCAAAUUGAGUCUUUAGUCAAUGGGCUUAACAGCUACAGUUUCUCACUACCUGAACAGCUCUUUGGGGGGCUCCUAAAACAGCCUUAGGUUAACCGCAAUUUAUUUAAUGCAGACAAACAAAAAAUCCCCAUUACAAUCUAAAGCAACAAUCGAUUCCCUUUAAAAUCUUGUAAUCCCUGACCUCUAGCUGUCGCAAAACUGCAGAGGAAAGGGCAUACUUUAUAUCCUCAGUAAAUCCAUCAAACUGAUCCAGUGCCCAAUGGAAAUUGCCUUUAUAAAGAGCAACUAGUAAUUUUAUUUUCUAGCAAUUGGCCCUAUUUCUUCAUUUACAACACUGUUAUAGAGAAGGUUCCAAAAUAUCAAAUAACUGUCCUCCCCAUUUUGUUUAACUCAAUCUAUUCAAGGGCAGAAUAUCAACUCCAAAAUAGGCAUAAUAAUAUAUUAAGUGGCUUUUUUAUUUAAAUUUGUAACUACUCUAACCAUUCUACAAUAUUUUUAAUAACAGAACCAACAACAAAAUUCAUCACAUGGACAUUGCAAUUUUGUAAACAAAUAACAAAUACAAAUUAUAGAUCCCUGAAUGCUGAUAUUGUAAUGCUUUGCUACUUAUGAGAUUGGCAUUUUUCUAAAUGAUUGGUAAUUAUCAAAUUGGCAUAAUAUGACUGCUUAAAGGGAUCCUGUCAUCGGAAAAUAUGUUUUUUCAAAACGCAUCAGUUAAUAGUGCUACUCCAGCAGAA